GAAAAAACAGACUUUUUCUCUGAUAUUCUCUUCCAGUUUAGCCUCUACUUCUAUAAAUUUGUUCUCCAUUUCCGAAUCUUUCUUCUUCAGCGGUUUCAAUUCUCUGCCCCUUUUGAUCAACUCUUCUUCUUCAUUCUCUUCUCUGGUUAUGGCGAAAUCUAUUCUUGUCACUGGUGGUGCUGGCUAUAUUGGAAGCCACACUGUUCUUCAGCUCCUCCUCGGCGGUUACCGGACUGUCGUUGUCGAUAAUUUGGAUAAUUCCUCUGAAAUUGCUGUUCGUCGUGUCAAGGAGCUCGCCGGCGAUCUCGGAAAAAAUCUUUCGUUCCAUAAGGUGGAUCUCAGGGAUAAACAGGCUUUGGAGAAGGUGUUUGCCUCAACACUAUUUGACACUGUUAUUCACUUUGCUGGGCUGAAAGCAGUUGGAGAAAGUGUACAGAAACCAUUGCUUUACUAUGACAACAACUUGAUUGGAACAAUUACUUUAUUGGAAGUCAUGGCGGCCCAUGGUUGUAAAAAGCUCGUCUUCUCGUCUUCAGCCACCGUCUAUGGUUGGCCAAAGGAGGUGCCAUGUACAGAAGAAUUCCCCCUCUCUGCAGCAAACCCAUAUGGACGAACCAAGCUUUUCAUAGAAGAAAUAUGUCGUGACACGUACCGAUCGGACUCGGAAUGGAAAAUCAUAUUGCUAAGAUAUUUCAAUCCAGUUGGUGCACAUCACAGUGGCUAUAUUGGCGAGGAUCCUCGUGGAAUCCCGAACAACCUUAUGCCUUUCGUGCAGCAAGUUGCUGUUGGCAGGCGUCCUGCCUUGACAGUCUUUGGAACCGACUAUGCAACGAAAGAUGGAACUGGAGUACGUGAUUAUAUUCAUGUUGUUGAUUUAGCUGAUGGACACAUUGCUGCAUUGCGCAAGUUGGAUGCGGCUGGUAUAGGUUGUGAAGUUUACAAUUUGGGAACUGGAAAGGGUACAUCAGUUUUGGAGAUGGUUGCAGCUUUUGAAAAGGCAUCUGGAAAGAAAAUUCCUCUUGUAAUGUCUGCACGCCGACCCGGUGACGCUGAAAUCGUCUACGCGUCUACACACAAAGCAGAAAAGGAGCUGAACUGGAAAGCAAAAUAUGGAAUAGAGGAGAUGUGCAGGGAUCAGUGGAACUGGGCCAGCAAGAAUCCUUAUGGCUAUGAACCUCCCAGCUCCAAGUGAUGGGUAUGACUUCUUGGUUACCUUCCAAGUUGAUCAUAACUGAGAUAUCUCGAUGUAAUGAAGCCUAUUUAAUAAAAACAGCUCUUUUAAGUUCGAAGUCCUCCAUUGAUUUGGUUCAGUUUUUGAUCAAUUUCGUUCGAUUUUGUGAAAACAAGGAGAGAGUUAGAUCUUGAUGGAUUAUGAUAUAACCCGUUUCGUUUGGAUA